GUGUGAGAGGCGAGUAUUCUGAGACUAGUCUGCGUUCACUGCUGGCUAGAACCUUCGUUCUUUCCCACCACCUCUAAUUUCUGCUCCUGUGACUUGCUCGGGGCUGGCAGCAGCAUCACUCCUGCUGUAGCAGCGGUUCCGUGCAGAGGCACCUACAAACCUCGCACCCUUGUCUGUGAGAUCGCGGGCCUGUCAGUGUCAGCUUCAACACACCGGUCGGCAGGACCAUGUCGCUGGUAAGCCAGAAUUCGCGCCGCCGCCGCGGUGGAAGGGCCAAUGGGCGCAAAAACAACGGGAAGGGUCGCCCUGCUGCCGUGCCAGGGCCAGCCGUCCCCCGGGAUCGCAGCGAUCCUCAGAUCCUUCAGGGCCUCGGCGCCACUGAGGGCCCUGGCACCUCCGUGCUGCCCACCCCCCGGGGGGGCUCAAGCACCUCUGUGCCGCCCACCGCCUCAGAGGGCUCAAGCGCCCCUGGGCAGCUCAUCACCUCCGAGGGGCGGAACACCUCCCGGCUGCCCACCUCCAGGAAGGGUCGGGGCUCCCGCCGGCCUCCUGCAGUCUCCGCGGGGCCGAACGCCGCUGCGUCAAUCACCGCCUCGGAGGGCGCGAGUACCCCAGUGCUGCCCACUGCUCCUAAGGGCUCAAAGGCCUCUGAGCAUCUCACUAUCUCAGAAGGGGCGAGCAUCUCCGAGCAGCCCCAAUCUCAUGAGGGCCCUAACGUGCAGCCCACCCUGGGUGAGGGUGAGGGAACCUCGGUGCCGCCCACCUUCUCCGAGGAAUCUGGCAUUUCCGAGCCGCUGCCCUCUGGGGAGGGCUUGAGCAUCUCCGUGUCGCCCACCAUCUCGGAGGGAGCGGGUAUCAACGAGCCCUCCCCCGCUAGUAAGGCUCCAAGCACUUCGGUGCCGCCCACUGCCUCUAAUGGACUGGGCAUCAACCUGCCGCCCACCUCCAGUGAGGGCCUGAGCAUCUCUGUGCUGUUCUCGGCUUCGGAGGAAUCCGACAUCUCCGUGCCGCCCCCCUCCGCUGAGGGACUCAGCACCUCCAUGCCGCCCCCCUCCGGUGAGGUCCAGAGCGUCAAGGUGCAGUCCACCUCCAGAAAAGGACGGCGCACCCCAGAGCGAUCAGCUGCCGGUGAAAGCCCCAGCCCCUCAGCCGAGUGCCUGAGCACGUCCCUGUCAUCCAUUUCUGCUGAGGGCUUCUGCAGCUCGCUAGCGCCCUGCGCGGAGGGAUCCGACACCUGUGAGCUGCUUCCCUGCGGGGAGGGCCCGAGCACCUCGGGGCUGCGUGACCUGGAGGAGGAGUCGAGCAUCUCGCAGAUGCCCCUAGCUGCAGAGGGCCCAAGCGCUUCUGGGUUGUCCAUUGAAGAUGAAAACCCUGAGGAAGCAUUGAGCUGUGGUGCUUCUGUGGGCAUGAACUUAUGCGAGUGCACAUCCCUUGCUCUGCAAAAAGCUGAUGAUCCGUCUGUACGCCCAAAGUGUGCAGAAGGCUUCCUGGAUUUCCAGGUCCUGAGAGACAGUGAGAAUUCCAACUCCAUUACCAUUAUGGGCCUGGGCACCGCCCACGUUGCUCUUACCCUGAAGCCUCAGGAUCCCAUGGAGCAAAAUGUAGCAGAAUUGUUGCAGUUUCUGCUACUGAAGGAUCAGACCAAGUACCCUAUCAAGGAAUCUGAAAUGAGAGAAUUCAUUGUCCAAGAAUAUCGCAACCAGUUCCCAGAGAUCCUCAGACGAGCAGCGGCCCACCUGGAGUGCAUCUUUAGGUUUGAACUGAAGGAGCUAGACCCUGAGGAGCACACCUACAUCCUGCUCAACAAACUGGGACCAGUGCCCUUUGAAGGGUUAGAAGACAUCCCAAAUGGGCCAAAGAUGGGCCUCUUGAUGAUGAUUCUGGGACAGAUUUUCCUAAAUGGCAACCAAGCCAGAGAAGCCGAUAUUUGGGAGAUGCUCUGGAGAUUCGGAGUGCAGCGUGAAAGAAGGCUUUCUGUUUUUGGGAACCCGAAGAGACUUCUGUCUGUAGAGUUUGUGUGGCAGCGUUACUUGGACUACAGGCCGAUAACUGACUGUGUACCAGUCGAGUAUGAGUUUUACUGGGGCCCACGAUCCCAUGUAGAAACCACCAAGAUGAAAAUUCUGAAGUUCAUGGCUAGGAUCUAUAACAAAGACCCCAUGGACUGGCCAGCACAGUACAAUGAAGCUCUGGAGGAAGAGGCUGAGAGAGAUGUUCCUAAUAACCGGCGAGCUGUUCCUCACUUUAGGAGGCCCCUUUUUCAAGAAGUUUCUCCAGAACUACUGGCUUCCGAUUCAGAUGCUCCUGGCUGUCCUUCAAAAUAUUCUCCUCAUUCUUGGCCUGAGUCAAGAUUAGAGAGCAAGUCAAGGAAAUUGGUUCAGUUAUUUCUGCUGAUGGAUUCAACUAAGCUGCCUAUACCAAAGAAGGGAAUCCUGUAUUACAUUGGUCGAGAGUGUAGCAAAGUGUUCCCUGACCUCCUGAAUCGGGCUGCUCGCACCCUAAACCACGUGUAUGGCACAGAGCUAGUGGUCCUUGAUCCCAGGAACCACUCCUACACCCUGUACAACCGAAGAGAAAUGGAAGAUAUGGAAGAGAUUAUGGACAGUCCAAACAGGCCCGGCAACAAUUUCUUAAUGCAGGUUCUGAGUUUCAUCUUCAUAAUGGGCAACCAUGCUAGAGAGUCUGCAGUCUGGGCCUUUCUGAGGGGCUUGGGGGUUCAAAAUGGGAGAAAGCAUGUGAUUACCUGUAGGUAUUUGAGUCAGCGCUACAUAGACAGUUUGCGGGUUCCUGACAGUGAUCCGGUGCAGUAUGAUUUUGUAUGGGGCCCUAGAGCCCGCCUGGAAACCUCCAAGAUGAAAGCCCUGCGAUAUGUGGCCCGAAUCCACAGAAAGGAGCCACAGGACUGGCCAGACCAGUACAGGGAGGCGUUGGAAGAUGAGGCCAAUAGAGCUGAAGCUGGGCGCCAGCCACUGGUUGUUCGUAACUUGCGAUAGAUUAAUGUGUCAGUGAGGCCUUGUAUGUCCAGGCCUAGAGCCCUGGUUCUCGUGUAUUGGGAGUGGGCGUGUUGGGGGGGGUUGCGUAUUGUAUUUGAUAUUUGUGUUCCAGUUCCAUUUACGUAUUUUUCAUAUUUAGUUCUUGUUUGGUACCUUGAAAAGUUUCCAUUGUUUUAAUAAUACUGUCCAGUAACGUGAAUGUGAUUGACCACUUGCUGUCCCUGUUGUACUUUGUGCUGUAAGAGUUUUGAUAGUGUUACAACGUGUUUUAGGACUCUCUCCAUCUUGUUGCAUUGUCUGAAAGAGAAUAUAUAGCAUAUAGCUAUAGAUAUAGACUUUUCCUUGAAAGCUUGAAAAAAAUUCAUCAGUAAAGUGAUCUAACUUCAGAUGUUAAACAAAUAUGUAACAACUGACAAAGCACUAAGUUGUGGCUGGCUUCCCUCUUGUCUGCUAUUGUGUAAAGAACACUAAUGUUUACCUGUAUUGCUUUGCUGUACUAAAAUGUAUUGAAAAUAAAAGUGUAAUAAAUAAAUCAAA